AUGCUAGUGAAGAGUCAGGACGAGGGAAGGCAUCUAGACGACCUGCAGGAGACAUUUGACACACUGAGACAGUAUCACAUAAAGUUGAAUCUUAGCAAAUGUGCUUUUGGAGUAUCAUCAGGGAAAUUCAUUGGCUUUAUGGUCUCCCACAGGGGAAUUGAAGCAAAUCCUAAUAAAAUUCAAGCAAUACUGGACAUGAAGCCUCUACAAAAUACCAAAGAAAUCCAAUCCCUUACUGGACGAGUUGCCGCACUCAACAAGUUUGUCUCUAAAACCAUUGACAAAUCAUUGAUAAGAGAAGAAGAUAAAGUGCAAAGACCUGUGUACUAUACGAGCAAGGCAUUGAAGAUUAAAAAGGACCUCGUCCAGUUUUUGAAGAAAAAUAUUGAUGUGUUUGCGUGGAGUCAUGAGGAUAUGCCGGGUAUAGACCUUAGUGUCAUUACCCACCUUUUGAAUGUAUGUCCUUCCUCCAAGCCUGUGCGGCAAAAGAAGAGUGUGUUUGCCCCUAAGAGAGAUGGUGCUAUCAAAGAUGAGGUUCAAAAGUUGAUGGUGGCGAAGUUUAUUCGGGAAGUGUACUACCCAGAUUGGUUGGCCAAUGUAGUAAUGGUUAAAAAGGCAAAUGGCAAAUGGAGAAUGUAUCAACCAAGGCAUGCCAUAAAAGCUCAAGCACUAGCAGAUUUCAUUGCGGAGUUUACCCCAAGUCAUGAUGAGACAGAAGACAGUAAGAGAUGGGUCAUCCAUGUGGAUGGUUCGUCUACACGGCAUGCAGGUGGAAUUGGUGUUGUCCUACAAUCCCCAGAAGGAGACAAACUGAAACAUAAAGUCCAUCUACAGUACCAAGCAACUAACAAUGAAGUCGAGUAUGAAGCCCUUCUCAAAGGGCUAGAAUUGGCUAAGUCUGUGGAAGCCAAGUCUAUACUUGUCCUGGGGGAUUCUCAAUUGAUCAUGGGGCAAGUAAAAGGGAUGUAUGAAGCGAAGGAAGAACGGAUGAAGAAAUACCUUAGUAGGGUGAUGCGCCUUAUGAAAAGAUUUGAAAAAGCUGACUUCGUUCAAAUCCCAAGGGAGGAGAGCGUGGAAGCUGAUACCAUAGCAAAAGAAGCCUCAGCAAAUGAAUCAAUGGACGAAUCAGAUGAAGUUCAGUAUAUGCCAAGUAUAGAUGUCCCGGAAGUACAACAGGUGGAUAGCAGAGGAAAUUGGAUGACCUCGAUUAUAUCAUACUUGAAAGACGGAUGA